GGUAAAACAGACAUAGUAAAGUCAGUGUCAGUGAUGGAAGGAGAUUCAGUCACUCUAAACUCUAGUUUUACAGAAAUACAGACAGAUGACAAGAUAGUGUGGCAUUUUGGGAAUGAAAGAUCUGUCAUAGCUAAAAUCAAUAGAGAAACCAAAAAAAUAGUUGUUUCUGAUGUGAGAAGAAGUUACACACUGAAGCUGGAUCAUCAGACUGGAUCUCUGAUCAUCACGAACACCAGCACCACAGACUCUGGACUUUAUGAAGUGACCAUCAGUAACAGUAGCACAGAGACUAAAUACAGAUUCAAUGUUACAGUCUAUGCUCGUCUGCCUGUUCCUGUCAUAAGCAGUAACUCCUCAAACUGUUCAUCACCAUCAAUGUCCAAAUAUUCAUUUUGGUGCUCAGUGGUGAAUGUGGGUCAUGUGACUCUCUCCUGGUACAAAGGAAACAGUUUAUUGUCCAGCAUCAGUGUGUCUGAUCUCAGCAUCAGUCUCUCUCUACCUCUGGAGGUGGAGUGUCUGGAUGAUUUCUACAGCUGUGUUGUGGCUUAUUCAUUCACCAACCAGACCACACAUCUCAACAACACUCAACACUGUCAACCAUGUUCAAUGAAAGGCUCAGUCUCUCUGAUCGUCUUGAUCUCUGCUGCUGCUGGAUCUCUGUUGAUUGGAGCUGCAAUCGGGAUCUUCUACGUCUACAAAAAACACAGAAAAACUGAUCAAGAAGUCCAGACUUGUACGGAAGAGAUCACUUACACUGAUCCAAUGUUCAACAAGAGAAACGCACAAAGAGAGAUUGUUAAAAAGGAGGAUAAUGCAGUGUAUGCUAGUGUUAUCCACAAACGUUAA